AAAAUGUAAGAAAUAGAGGCGAAAAAAUAAUUAAAAGCAAGUGAGGGGGCGCAUUUUUUUUACACUUUAAUAUUCCUAUCUGCAUCAGGAAUUAUUGAGACCUAAUUUAUUGAAGAAAAAUGCAAUUAAAAUCUUCAGUUAUUUGUACAUCUGGUAUUCUAUGGAUUAAUCAUUUGGGGGACUUAUAUACUUAUUACUUUAAUCCCAAGGUAAAUACUUAAAUGAACAUAGAUAUAAAAAUGCUGCUAUUAAUCUAUUUUUUAACUUCUUGGAUAUAUGUUUUGGGAUCUAUAUUCUUUUGCUAUUGUUUUAUGGAGGAAGAAUGUAUUAAUCCCCUAAUGAUUGCCUGACAGAGGCUCCAGCGUUAUUUUUCUUUUUAGAAACAUUUUUGCUGGUAUUUAGUUAUCCUAAAUAAAAUAGGUUAAUGGUAUAAUUUUUGCGAUUUUGUUCUUGGCAUUUGUUUCAUAUGUUCUCAAAAGAUUUUCUAAAUCUUAGCAAGUAUAUGAUGAAAACAAAGAAGAAUUUUAUGACGCUUGA